GAGGAAUUUAAAUAGCCGGGGCGCCACGGUCUCGGUAGUUCUGUUGGAGUGAGUGCGGAAUCGGUCGGUGUAGUGUCAACUUUGGGGCCGGUUGCGCGAGUACAUUUAACUUCUCUACAGAACUGUUUGAUUUGAACGAGUUCCUAGUUUAAGGAUGUCGACUGCAGCGAACGAGAACGCCUCGCCCCGUUUGACCAAGUUUAAGAACAAGGGGAAGGAUGCCAAUGAAUUGAGACGCAGGAGAAUUGAAACCAAUGUUGAACUGCGAAAAGCCAAAAAAGACGAUCAGUUGUUCAAAAGGAGGAACGUGAACAGCUUUCCCGAUGAAGCGUUAUCGCCCCUUCAGGAGAAGAACUCUGUCCAGAUGCAUAUGAAUUUGGAAGAAAUUAUCCAAGGUGUUCAGUCUAAUUAUUUGGAAACACGACUUCAAGCUACACAAGCUGCUAGGAAGCUGCUUUCUAGAGAAAAGCAUCCUCCCAUUGACAAAAUCAUUCAGUCUGGGCUCAUCCCCAAGUUUGUCACUUUCCUUGGUAACUUUGACUGCAGCCCAAUUCAGUUUGAAGCUGCCUGGGCUCUCACCAACAUAGCCUCUGGAACAUCAGAUCAGACCAAGGCAGUUGUUGAUGGUGGUGCUAUUCCUGCUUUCAUAAGUCUCCUGGCUUCACCACAUCCCCACAUCAGCGAGCAGGCAGUGUGGGCGCUGGGAAACAUUGCAGGUGAUGGAUCACACUACAGAGACUUGGUUAUCAAGUGUGGUGCUCUUGACCCAUUGAUGGCAUUGAUGGCUGUUCCUGAUUUAUCUAUAUUAUCGUCUAGUUAUCUAAGAAAUGUAACGUGGACCCUGUCCAAUCUCUGCCGGAACAAGAACCCAUCUCCACCAGUUGAGGCAGUGAAACAAAUCCUGCCAGCACUUGUGCGCCUCCUACAACACGAUGACAAGGAAGUCCUCGCUGAUGCCUGCUGGGCUAUUUCGUAUCUCACAGAUGGUUCCAAUGAUCGCAUAGAUGUGGUGGUGUCUACUGGGGUUGUACCACGUCUGGUGCAGCUGCUUUCAUCGUGUGAACUAGCAAUUGUAACUCCUGGUCUCAGGGCAGUGGGCAAUAUAGUGACUGGGACGGACGAUCAGACGCAGAUAGUGAUCGACUCGGGUGCGCUGAGUUUGUUCACUGCUCUGCUUACUCACCCAAAGAGUAACAUCCAGAAAGAGGCUGCAUGGACCAUCUCAAACAUCACUGCAGGGAAACCGGAACAAAUCCAGUCAGUUAUUGACAAUGGGCUCGUUCCUUUCCUCAUCCAGUUACUCAAAAAGGGUGACUUUAAAACUCAGAAAGAAGCUGUCUGGGCUGUCACUAAUUACACCAGUGGUGGUACAGUUGAGCAAAUCAUCUACCUCGUUCAAGCUGGAGUUAUUGAUCCAUUAAUGGCCUUGUUAUCAGUCAAGGAUUGCAAGACCAUCCAAGUCAUUUUAGAUGCCAUUACUAAUGUCUUCCUGACUGCAGAAAAAGUUGGUGAAACGGAUAAGCUUUGUCUAAUUGUUGAAGAAUGUGGAGGUCUGGAUAAAAUUGAAGCUCUUCAGUCUCAUGAGAAUGAAGCAGUAUACAAAGCAUCACUGAAUCUGAUAGAGAAAUACUUCUCAGAAGAGGUAGAGGAAGACCAGAGUGUUGUACCAGAAGCCACUCAAGAGGCUUUUACCUUUCAGACUGAGAACACGAGCAUCAAAUUUGACUUUUAAAUUCUAGCUUUCUACCUCUGCAUUUUGUUCUUCUGACUGCCUCACUAUCUAGAACCUAUACUUGAGUACUUUCAUGUACAUUUGUGUAAAUGUUUACCUGUUCUGAACUUGUAAUUAGAAUGUAAAUAUUUCUCUGAACUGUCACUAUUUUAUUUUGCCAUUUCAGGUGGCAUGUGUGCAUUGAGAUUCUGUAACUUGAAAUAAAGUAUUCGGGAAAUUC